AUGCCCAUCAGUCAGUCAGGCUCAGCGGAGACAUUGCCUGUGGAGGUGGUCGCCCUCAUCAUGCGGUAUCGCAAUGCCUUCCACCAAGGUCCUGUUGCGCCUGCAGAUUUGACUAGAAGGUGCUUGCAGCACUCCUGCCUGCAAGCACGCCUACUCAGUUUCUGCGUCGAUACGUCUUCCGAUGAUGAAGACGUGUUCUGGAUUGUCCCUGCUCCGCAUGCCUUGGCGUGUUGUGCCAGGUUCACCUGCGCGGAGAGACUGCGGCAUCCACUACCAGUGCCCGUGCACAGAGUUCUGUGUGCAUCACCGAGUCUCCCGAUUGACACGUUCACUGACUAUCUAGGCGGUGCAAUCCAGGCGGUUGCAUCAUGUCUGUCGCUUCCGGUCGAAGUUUUGGGAGGCAUGCCCGGAUACUUCUUCGACUACCACUACCUGCGUGCUUUGGCAAUGGCAUCUCGGACAAUGCUUCUGGCCACUCGUAACAAGACGCAUUGGACUGGUAUGCAGGUGAACGCUGACCAGCCGAAUCUGGAGGUAGCACGAAGGUUGAGGUCCGUCGUCGACCUGUUGACAAAGGCCAGCAUAAUAUGCGUCAACCUAAGGCAGCUGUCCAUGCUCUUGUCGCCAAUACCAGCCACUGUGAGAUUGCACUGGGACACUGUUCCCUUGCAGCCGCAGCCUCAUCUCCGCAACCUUCUCUUUGGUUGUCGCUCGAGAAGGCCUUUGAUGGGUGGCGCUGACUUUGAUGUAUUCUUGCCAGCAAACGUGCGAGGUAUAUACGUUGGGGUUAGGGAAUGGAACGGGCAAAGACGAUCUUACUGCAGGGUCGACAACAUCUUCCGAGAAAGCGUCACGUGGUCGAUUGGAAUGAAUGACUUUCCAGCCAGACCGCAUUUGUCGGCAAGCGUGCGUUCACCAGUUCCCAAUGCUACCAACAGGUUACACGUGAAGUGGGACCAGCGAGUUUUUUCAGUUGGGCUGAAUGGGGUGGGUGUCGCUCGCGCUCGCCUCCGAGAAGGAGAACACGCUGAUGCUGCGCCGCCUCUUUCAAGCCUGUUCUUCAUGGCCUUCGGACACACAAGACAUCGGCUGCCGAGCUUGAAGUUCAGCGCAGACUACUUGGGAGGAUCAUCUGCUUACGCAGGAGUGUGGCCCAAGCCCUUGCCAGAUAUGGUUGGCGCUGUCAUCGCGAGCGAUUCACCGGGUGAGCCGUUCUUUCGAAUGACAGCGAACCCGGCAGCAGACAGCCCGGAUGUGCUGGAGCCAUGUUCCACGCUGGCCAACAUCAAUGCACACGAGACAGAUACAAGACUUCGCUUCCAGACCGAGGGACACGCGUAUUACUUCGAUGGCGAGAAGAUCGACACAAGUGUCACUUCGUUGAUCCACAAAUAUGGCGCAGAGUUCGACGCAUGGCAGGCUGUGCAAAAUAUGAAGGCGGGUAAGAACUGGCCCCGGUUGGAAUAUGCUGUUUCAGACAUUCAAGUAAAUGUCAUCCUGCUGAAACUGGUCGAUGCGCCUGGCAGUGCCCGUGACAGACUGACCGAAGUUCUCCAGCACGAGCCCUUGGAUAUUGAAAGUCUUUGUGCUGAGCUUGCCCGAUGUCGUGAAGAGCUUUCAAGCUGGGAUGACAUUGCGCAGGAAAUCAUGCUUCAUGAUAACGAGAUCGUGGAUCUCUGGAAGAAGAAGUCAUUUCAUGCGUGCAACGCAGGGACAUGGAUGCAUUCUAUGCUUGAGCACAUGAUGAACGGCUCCGACGUAUUCCCUGGAACUAUGACGCAAGAGCUGAACUUGGCUGUAGACUUUCUCCGUGAACUGCACGACGAGAUGCCUGGACUGGUCGCCUACAGAUCAGAGUGGACGAUUUAUGCUGGUCGUGAGAAUCUGGCAGGAUCGAUAGAUUUGGUUUUGUUCGACACGAGCGACGAGAGAUUCGUGCUGAUAGACUGGAAGCGCAGCGAGAAAUUACAACACAAAUAUAACAGCUAUGGCAAGUUCAUGAUGGAACCGCUGCAAGACAUUCCUGACUGCCAGGGCGAACAUUACAGAUUGCAGCUUAACAUCUACAAGUGGAUUCUUGAACACUAUUACUCCAAGAAGGUGAAGAGUAUGAAAGUUGUAUGUGCAUACCCGAAUUCAUGCAAUGAGGCUUUCGUGGAUGAUGUGCCCGACUUGACAAGUGUCGUCGACCGGCUAAUGAAACACCGUCGUGCUGAAGUACAAGCCAAGAGGACACCGUGCGACUUUUCACAAAUGCCCGACACGGCUGAUCUGGCUGGAGAAGAGGGUGUCGAUGCUGCCAUGGACCCGGCAGCUGAACUCAUUGGGCCGGCAAGCCUGCAAGCAUUGCCUGAGACAGCGAUAGCUGUUGUGCAGGACACUCUGCUGGCGCUGGAAGAAGAAGCUCAAAACGUGGAAGAAGGCUUUCCAAUGUUCAUGCAGAGAAGGCGUGAGAUAAAGGGCGCCAGCGACAGUGCACGGUUGUUUCAGGACAUGUUUUCAGCCAACGACAGUCUUCUUCAAUCAACCCUCGACCAAGAGCCAGCAGAUGCCUUACAAGCGCCUGAAAGUAUUCUGCAAAAUACAAGACGCGGCGUAGAACAAAUCACUGAGCUACAUCCCACCUGGUCAUCUGAGUUGCUGCGCCUGUCACUUGUUGCCGGCUACCUCUGCCAAGCCCGCAUAGGUGACAGACCGAUGUUGGCAGACUGCGCAGGACUUCUGUGGAUGAUGGAGGGCGAGAGACAUAUUCGAGUCCACAGCGGUUUCUGCUACGUCUACGACGAGGAUGUUGGUGGAGAUGGACCAGAGUCUUGGACUGUAUCUGUGGCUGAUAGAGUUUGGAAAAUCUCGUGUGCCCUCCGAUCCGAACUGAUGCAAACCAAGCUGAUAUCCCUCCUGGUGGAAUGGUGCGAGACGCCGGACCAAAGACAGAGCUGCCUGUGCUAUCAAGAUCUGUGUGUCAGAUACGAUGCCGACCCUGACAAACCAUUGAAGAUCGUUCCGAAAGCAUCCUCUAACGACUGUUACAUCAAGAUUCCACACGCGUUGAAAGAUCCAGUGCAUGAGGACAACGUGCAGCGUCUACGCAAGUUCUACUCACAGACAUUCUGGUGCAACUUUGACGUUUUCAGAUGCUGUAUGGCUGCAGCCGCCUUGGCGAAGAGGGGGCUCAACAUCGACAGAUGUUUCAUCGGCAUAUCCCCCGGCGGGGUCGGCCAGAGCCUCUACUCCUCGCAUGUGGCCGCAAUGUUUGGGAACAAUCAUGCUUUCUUUGACCCGAAUGUCUGGCAUAACGACGAGGAACUCCGCAAGCAAGUGGAGGGAUUUGCGCGCUGCUGUGUCAUAACGGGGCAAGAGGCCCCGGAGUCCUCUCGAAAAUUGCAUUUGGAUCUGUACAAAAAAACUAUGAGCGCUGACGGCAUCAUGGGAAGGAAGCCUUACGGGUACACCACGCGAAUGUUCUCGAUCUGCGGAUGGAAGAGAUUGGAGCUGAAUCGAAUGAUGAUGUUCGCUGGUGUCAACAUCGGAAACUUUAAUUCCAUUCUGCGUCGUGCGCUGGUGUGGAAAGCAAAAGCCAGAUUUCUUCCCUCGCAGUAUCUUCGGAGUCACCCGGGGCAUGAGAAAGCGGGCAUUUUUGAAGCCGAUCCGUCCCUCAGCAAGUUCCUGGCGUCCCCGCAGGCAUCGAUUGCUGGACUUCGUCUCCAACACGCAUUCGAGCUGCAGUUCAACAAAGAGCAAU